UCACUCAGCCUGGGAGACCGCGGUGACAUUACCAUCUGCUCUGCCGGCAGGCCAGCCUCUCCGGCCCUGGACUAGGGGGCGCCGCCGAGAAAAGCCGCCGCAGGCUGCAGAGUCGCCGACCGCGCUGCUCGCAGGGAGACCCCGGGCUGCCCACCGCGGCCUAGCGCGCGCCGGAUGGCAGGAGAAGUGUCCGCGGCCACGGGCCGCUUCUCGCUGGAGCGGUUGGGCCUCCCGGGCCUGGCCCUCGCCGCGGCCCUGCUGCUCCUGGCCCUCUGCUUGCUCGACCGGCGCACCAGGAGACCCGGUGAGCCUCCACUGAUAAAAGGUUGGCUUCCUUAUCUUGGAGUGGUCCUGAAAUUACGAAAAGACCCCUUAAGUUUCAUGAAAACACUUCAAAAGGAACAUGGUGACACUUUCACUGUUCUUCUCGGUGGAAAGUACAUAACAUUUAUCCUGGACCCCUUCCAGUACCAGCUAGUGAUAAAAAAUCAUAAACAAUUAAGCUUUCGAUUAUUUUCUAAUAAACUAUUAGAGAAAGCAUUUAGUAUCAGUCAGUUGCAAAAAAAUCAUGACAUGAAUGAUGAGCUUCACCUCUGCUAUCAAUUUUUGCAAGGCAAAUCUUUGGACAUACUCUUGGAAAGCAUGAUGCAGAAUCUAAAACAAGUGUUUGAAUCCCAGCUAUUAAAAACAACAAGUUGGGACAUGGCACAAUUGUAUCCAUUCUGCAGCUCAAUAAUAUUUGAGAUCACAUUUACAACUAUAUAUGGAAAAGUUCUUGUAUGUGACAACAAAUUUAUUAGUGAGCUAAGAGAUGAUUUUUUAAAAUUUGAUGACAAGUUUGCAUAUUUAGUAUCCAACAUACCCAUUGAGCUUCUAGGAAAUGUCAAGUCUAUUAGGAAGAAAAUUAUAAAAUGCUUGUCAUCAGAAAACUUAGCCAAUAUGCAAGGACGGUCAGAAGUUUUUCAAAGCAGGCAAGAUGUCCUGGAGAAAUAUUACAUGCAUGAGGACCUUGAAAUAGGAGCACAUCAUUUAGGCUUUCUCUGGGCCUCUGUGGCAAACACUAUUCCAACUAUGUUCUGGGCAAUGUAUUAUCUUCUGCGGCACCCAGAAGCUAUGGCAGCAGUGCGUGACGAAAUUGACCGUUUGCUGCAGUCAACAGGUCAAAAGAAAGGGUCUGGAUUUCCCAUCCACCUCACCAGAGAACAGUUGGACAGCCUGAUCUGCCUAGAAAGCACCAUUUUUGAAGCUUUACGACUGUCCUCAUAUUCAACCACCAUUCGUUUUGUUGAGGAGGAUUUGACUCUCAGUGCAGAGACUGGCGACUACUGUGUGCGAAAGGGAGACUUGGUUGCCAUCUUUCCUCCAAUCCUACAUGGUGACCCUGAAAUCUUUGAAGCUCCAGAGGAGUUUAGAUAUGAUCGUUUUAUAGAAGAUGGUAAGAAGAAAACCACCUUUUUCAAAAGAGGGAAAAAGCUGAAGUGUUACCUAAUGCCAUUUGGAACUGGAACCAGCAAAUGUCCAGGCCGAUUUUUUGCACUUAUGGAAAUAAAGCAGUUGUUGGUUAUACUUUUAACUUAUUUUGAUUUAGAAAUAAUUGAUGAUAAACCCAUAGGACUAAACUACAACCGCUUGUUGUUUGGUAUUCAGUAUCCAGAUUCUGAUGUUUUAUUUAGAUACAAAGUGAAAUCUUAGAGAAGCUAAAAGGACAGAAAAGAAAUCUAUCAAAAUUACCCUAAACAUCCUAAGCUCAUCCAUUUCUUUUUAAUUUCUGCCAAUGUAAUUGCUUUAUUUGUUUAAAAGGGUUAAUUUCUAUUUGAUCUGAUAUCAAUCCAGUUUGUCCUUAGUCACAAAGCCUAUCAUAAUAUAAAACAGGAUGGUAGCAUGAAAAUGGACAUCAAAAUCAACUUAAGGGUAAGCUCAAAACAGGGUUGUGGUUUUUUUUUAGUUUCUCCUUGUGAUUUUUACCUGUUAUAAUAAAUGUACCUUCACACCAAUAGAUUGGGCACUGUGGAAUUUAAGUCACUCAAAUUAUUCUCUAAUAUGUAAAAUUACACUUUGAACUACUAGAAAAUUGUGCUGGAAAUGGACACAGUCUAACAAAUUCCAAAUUCUCACAGAAGAAGGAAAUUAAAUUUCCAUGACUUGCAAUGGAUGAAAAUGUUCCCUUCAAGUGUAAUAUCAAUAAUACUUAUAUUUCCAGGAUAUGUGUGCAUUAAAUGAGUUUUGCAAUAGAUUAAAUGCUUCAACUUCACUUCAGUAUUUAAUCAUGCUUAAAUGUUCCUCAUUACUUUGUAUACUGUGGCUCGAUAGAACAAAAUUUCUUGUCAUUUAAGACCUUUUAUGUCCAAGUUAGAUACUGAUAAGAUUUAAUGUAUAAGAAAACACAGAACCUAUUAUAUAUUCAGAAAUUGCCCUAGACAUUAGUAUUAGGUUUAUUAUGGGAGCAAAUGUUGAAAUAAUUACAGCAUUGAUUAUAGCAUUUGGCUUUAGUAUAAACUAUAAAGGUUAUGCAAAUAUUGCAAUUAAUCCUUUCCUAAAUGCUUCCAUGUAUAUAAACUGAGAAGCUAGAUGUAGUAUUUGGUUUUGAUGUCUCACCUUUUGGAUUUGGAGUUCAUGUGUUCUAUUUUGAAUUACAACGUCAUGUUAUGCAGUGUAAUUUCAUAUGACAGAUGCAGCAUUGUGGUGUGAAUAAUUCAAAGAUUUUUUUUUUUCAAUUGAGACAGUAUCUGACUGUGUUGCCCAGGCUGGUCUCAAAUCCUGAGCUGAAGUGAUCCUCCCGCCUUGGUCCCUUGGGAACCUGGACUACAGGCAUGUACCACCAAGCCUAGUGAUUCAAAGAUUCUGAUAUCAGAGUAACAUAUGAUUGGCAUCUGACAUAAAUGGUGAUGCAAUAUAUAAGCAGGCAAGGCAGGUAAUAAAGUCCAGUUAAUUCAUGCUUCAUUAAUUGGAAUUUCUACUAUUUCAGAAAUUUGCUACUGUUUUGAGAAAAGGAAACUGACAAAAUAUUUACAAAAUAUUUAUUUAGUAAAUAAGAUAGUAUAGCAUUUAUUUUAUCCUUCCUGAAGUACAUGUUCUGAAUGUUCCUUCAGUGAAGGCCUGCUGGUGCAAAUUCUAUUUUCGCUUGAUUGAGGGUGUCUUUAUUUUUACUCUCAUUCUUGAAAGAUGGUUUUGCUGGAUGCACAAAUCUAGAUUGACAGUUAUUUCCUCACAACACUUUGAAGAUAUUGCCCGUUCUUAAGGCAUCCAUUCUUGUUACUGGGGGGAUAGCCGUUAGUGAGUUUAAUUACUCAAUAGGUAGUCUGUCUCUUCUCUCUGACUACUUUAACGUGUCCUCUUUGUCUUUGAUGUUCUUAGUUUCUUUCUGUUUCUCAUGCUUGCAUGUCCUGCUGCUUCUUGAGUCUGAGCAUGGGUGUCUCCCAUCAAGUAUGGAAUCUUCUCAGCCAUUCUCUCUGUGAAUAUUACUGUUCUCCCACUCUAUAUUAGGUCAUCUUACUCUACCUACAUCCUUUGAUCUUUUCUCACCACACUUUGUAUCUAUAACUUAUGCUCCACAUAAUUUCUUUAGAUGUCUCUUCCAGUUUCUUCUUUGAACAGUAUGUCUAAUCUUCUGUCCAACUCAUCCAUUGAAUUUGUUUUUCCUUCUUUUGGUUUUAACUUCAGGUUCAUAGAGUUGAGUGAUCAUUCUCCUUAUACUCUUUAGUUCAUGAUACACAAUUAUAGUUGGUUCUAACAAGGCCCCUCUGGCUUUAUUUACUUAUUCUGUUUUGUCCCUAAUACCCACUUUCAUACCCUUUCCUAAUAUCACAGGCAAAUAUUCUAAUAUGUUUGAUGCAUGUCUUGGUAUGUGUCUGUUUUCAUGUAAUAUAUAUUAUCUUGAGUACCUAUUUUCUGCAAGUUAUAUCCUUCCAAAUUUUCUUAUGAAGCUCUGUGAUUUUAAAGAUAUAUUCAUAUUUCUGUAGUAUAUAGAUAGUAUACAACUAUAUUUAAUCUAUUGCUUCUAACUGCUACAUAGCAUUCCAUAAUGUGCACACAUUUUGUUUUGAUAAUCUAGUUACCCAGUGAUGGACACUUGUCAGUGGGACAGUUAUUGUGGGAGAAAGGCCAAAGCAGAACUUAAAAGCUCUUCAGUCACCUAUCCUCACACUACUGUGCCUAACCAUCUCAGCCCUGGGCUGCUAAAAGCCUUGUCCCCAAGCCCCACCUAUACACACACACACACACACACACACAUUUAUUCUAUGAUAACUGUAAUUCUCCCUCAGAUGUUCUAAAUUUAUGUCCCGUCCUCAGAGCCAUCCAAUCCUCUCCAUUCUGUAGGGUGUCCAAGGUUGAUUUUGAGUCAGAGUGUCAGCCUCCAGCUUGUCAACCUUCACGUUUUCCAUUCCACCGAGUUUGCUAAGUUCAAUGAUUACAUUUUUCAGUUUUAGAAUUCCCUUUUGUUCUUCAUAUAUGCUGGUAUUUUUCAUAAUAUCUUGUACCUUUGUUAUAAACUCAACAUACUUUUUCAUUUCUUUAACUGCAUGAAGCAAACAUUUUAGAUUCUAUAUCUGGUAUUUCCAAAUCAUUGGUGUUUUGUGGAUCUAAUUCUGCAGUUUAUGUAUUUUUCUGUCUCUGUUACCUGGGAAGGCUUGUUUACUGAGCCCAUGUUCUUUGGAUUUUUAUCUCUGAAAAAUCUUUAGACCUAGAUUUAAAGUUCAUUUCUCAAGAGAGAAUUUGUAUUUGCAUUUGUCAGACUGCUGAUACUACUACCAAACUCAAAUCACCUUAAAAUUUCAGCUUGAUUAUCUGGGAGUGGGGAGUAUUGUGGUUUCUAGCCCUAAAUCAGGUAGAAUAUAACCCUAUUAUUAGGAAUAGAAAGAAGACACAUUUGGGGGUUCAUUUGUUUAAUUUUACACAGAGCUAAGGUUGAGACAGGCAAAUAUACUGACAGUUUUGCUCUGUGGAGCAAAGUUUCUUUCUAGUUCACCUACUAAGGUGAACUAGAAUGUUGUCUCUGCAAGUUCUUGGCUUUAUGCAAAGGCCUUGGAUUACACAUACACACGCGCAUGCAAGCACGCGCACACACACACACACACCCUGGGCCCUACGCUUUAGUCCACCACAAAGCAUAGUCUGUCCUUUUUGUACUUGGAUGUCUAGUUUGCCAUGUUGCCUGAAGUGGAAGUUCUACCAUAUUUUUAAAUUCAACUUAGUGGUACACUUUUGUGAUGUUAAGGCAGAGAACACAGGAAAUUAUUCCAUUCCGAUUUCUGCUUAUUUUAUAAUUGGAGAUGUGUACAGGAAUUUAGAAAUGUAAAGUAACAAUAAAUGAAAUGGUUGAGAAAAGACUACAUAAAAGGAAUGAAUAGUAGAACCAAAACUAAACAUUGAGAGUCUUGUGACAGUCUUAAAUCCAGUAACUAAAUAGUGUUUACAAAUAGAAAAAAAAAAAAUGUCCUGGAGAAAUCAGUUAAAAGAUGCAGAUUCUGGCUGUGACAUAACUGGCUUAUUAUUAAACAAUUUCCCUCUCAGUGCUUCAAUGUCCUCAUUUGAAAAAUAAAAAUAAUAAGGCCCUUUGACAUCAGGGUUCAUUAUAAGGAUUAAACACAGUAACAUGUAUGGAUUUAUGGGAUAAUGCAAUAUACCAAUGCAAAGUGUAAUGAAGAUACUUAAUGUUGUGCCUUUAAAAAAUUGCUCUUAUGUAUUGUUAAAGGGAAUCGUUUUUUAUAGUCAUUUGUUAAUUUAUUAUUCAUUUAUUCAACCAAACAUUUAUUGAGCAUUUUCUCUGUUCUAGAUAUGAUUGAUGCUAGACACUGGAUUGCCUUUCCCCUUCAAGAACAUACUCUUUGUUAGGGAAAACAACACAUAGGCAACCAAUUUAUUAUAAAUGCAGUUGUAAGUGAUAAAUUCAUCUCUUUAAAACUAUUUUAAAAUUCUGAUUUAUCACUAGUUCUAAUUAGCCUUCCAUCAGUCAUUCCAAAGUAAUGGUCUGUAAUAAGAAUCACUAUGUAUAAUUAUACACCAUAAAAAUAUAUACAACAGGUAUUUUGAUAACAUGAUAAAGUAAUUAAAACCAAAUAUAGUCGUUGAGGCUCCAGAAUAUUUUUAAACUGUAUUAUAUAUUGUAAAAUCCCAUUUUUUUUUUUUUUUUUUUUUUUUUUUUUUUUGAUGGAGUCUUGCUCUGUCAUCCAGGCUGGAGUCCAGUGGUGUGAUCUCAGCUCACUGCAACCUCCAUCUCCUGGGUUCAAGCAAGUCUCUUGUCUCAGCCUUCUGAGUAGCUGGGACUACAGGCACACUGCUACGCCCGGCCAAUUUUUGUAUUUUUAGCUGAGAUGAGGUUACACCAUAUUGAUCAGGAUGGUCUCGAACUCCUGACCUCAGGUGAUCCACCCUCCUCGGACUCCCAAAGUGCUAGGAUUACAGACAUGAGCCACCACGCCCCAUCUUUUCAUUUUUAUAGCUUCACCUAAGUUUUGAAUUAAAAGAAAUAAAUAAUUAAUACCCAAGAUAUUGUUUUAUAUCAAUGAUCAACAGUAAUGAAAUGUUCAGUAGCAGAAACUAAAGCGCUGAAACGGUUCAGAAAAAGCUACCUGUCACUAAAUCAGCAAUGCUUAUAAGCAACCUAGAAGAAAACUUUUAUCUGCCUUGUUUUGGCUUUCCUGGCAUACUUCCUUAUUUCAUCUUCAUUUUAUAAUUAAGUUUUGGGUCACAAGACUAAGGCAGAGGAGCUUCCAUACUGAAAAUCUACAUUUUUUAUGCUUAUUUUAUCAUAAAAAAUAAUUUGGGUAACAUUUUCUGCAAGCAACUUCUAACUUAACAGUAGAAGUUUAAAACUGAAGAUCAAAGCACAAAAUUUAUCUAGGUUUUGAUCCUAGUAUAAAAGAAUGGCAAAAAUUAUGUGAACAAGAAUUACAAUGCCCUUAGAAUGUCCACUUUUUAACCUGUUAAAUUUGCCAAUCUUGCAAACUAUUAUUUACUUGCAUUGCAUAAUUAGAUAUUCAUUUAACAUACUCAAUUAAGAAAAAGUUAGCAAGCCAAGAUGACAUUGUAGCACUAUUUUAAAUUAUAAUGAAUGAUCACAUAAAACUCUUUAGUAUUUAUCUAAAGUAAUUAUUACUCUACUUCAUUUGUUUAUCUAAAUCAGUGAUCAUUGAUGUUUGAGCUUUUUGGCUUAAACCUUUGUUUAUACUACUUGCUAGAGUAUGAUAAAUUUAAUACAUGAAAAACUCUACACAAUUUAAGUAAUAAUUUGUCAAUACUUAUGUUUUAAAAUAUUUUUAGAAAAAGGAGUGCUGUAUAUUAUUAAAACAACUUUCUGAAAUUAUUUGUUUAAUAUUAUCUUUGAUUUUAAAAUGACAUAUAUGUGGCUUUACAAUGAAUCAAAUUGUCCUAAAAGAUGUCAGAUAAGAAAUGCAAGUACUUUGCAAGUCUAAUACUUAAUGUUUUUUUAUGUACAACAAAAAUUUAAUAAAUUAACUUUCGAAGCACA